AUGUCUAGUGGGGUGUUGUCAUUUUAUGAUGGGAAAAGGAAACUUGGUCAAAAGCUAAAAGGCAACAAAUCCAUGUUUGACGGGCAACUGGCACGGCUUGAGGCAGCAAAGAGCAAAAUAAAGCACAGGUCGCCAGAGAGCAAACUGGGACGAAUUUCAAAUUAUGACGAGUUCAUGAGCAAGUUCGGCGAAGAAUUCCGAGUCGAUGAACCGAUUAUCACCGACAUAUAUAUGGACCCGCUUCGUCGGAUGACGGGAUGUGGGCAAUGCGGAAUCAUGAACAACGACAAAUAG